GGCCCUCCUUCCAGUCCACCUCGCAGCAACCACCCGCGCUCCGCCGAGAGCCAAAGCCCCCGAGCGAGCUCACACAGCAAGCGAGCUUCCUCGGCUCGGUCGCCUCCGCCUUCGCCUCGUCAGGAGCCCAGGACCCGCGGCAAAGGUAGCCAGCGAGCAAUCGGACGCGGUCUCGGACGUUAACGGCCGGCCGGCGGAGAGAGAUGGGGCGCGCUCCCUGCUGCGAGAAGAUGGGGCUGAAGAGGGGCCCCUGGACGCCGGAGGAGGACAGGAUCCUGGUGGCGCACAUCGAGCGCCACGGCCACAGCAACUGGCGCGCGCUGCCCAAGCAGGCGGGCCUGCUGCGCUGCGGCAAGAGCUGCCGCCUCCGCUGGAUCAACUACCUGCGCCCGGACAUCAAGCGCGGCAACUUCACCCGCGAGGAGGAGGACGCCAUCAUCCACCUCCACCACAUGCUCGGCAACAGAUGGUCGGCAAUCGCUGCCAGGCUGCCGGGGAGGACCGACAACGAGAUCAAGAACGUCUGGCACACGCACCUCAAGAAGCGCCUCGAGCCCAAGCCUGCCAGCCAGCAGCAGGCGGCGCCCAAGCGCAAGCCCAGGAAGCAGCAGCAGGCUGAUGCGGAGGUCGUGGUGCUCGACGGCCCGACCAGCAGCACCGUGCCCGUGUCGCCGGAGCAGUCGCUCUCCACGUCGACCACCUCCUCCACCGACUACUCGGCGGCCUCGUCGCUGGACAACAACGCGGACAGCUUCACCUCGGAGGAGGACUACCAGAUCGAGGACAGCUUCUGGUCCGAGACGCUGGCGAUGGCGGUGGACAGCUCCGAUCAUUCUUCCGGGAUGGAGAGGGAGGACUCCCCCGCCGCGCCGGCGGCCAACGACGAGAUGGACUUCUGGCUCAAGCUGUUCAUGCAGGCCAGCGACAUGCAGAAUAAUCUGCCCCAGAUUUAGGCGGCAUGCUAUCUAGAUGGUUCAUAGCUCGACCGGCUGAUCAUAUUCUUUGCCUCACAAUUCUUUGAAUCUUUGUCCUGCUCCGUUUUGGUGGGUGUAUAUCCAACUGAAAGAUUGGGAAGCGAAAAGCAAUUGCUUGAUGAUCA